UCUCGCUCCAUUCCUUGCACUAGCGGAAAAGCAUCUGAAAUAAACAGAGGCAAAACUUGUUGCCGUUUCAUCCAAAUUCCACGUCCCUUCGGAACAUACAUCACUGACUCCGAAUUCGUAUCUAAAACUUUCUUCAUUCCCUCCAUUGUACACUCACAAUCUCGUCACCAAGGGUGAUUUUGUGGAUUGAUCUCAUCUCAGGCUCCAAAUCUCCUAUGUGAUUUUCAUCACUGGAAGCUAUGUUUUAUAAUUAACAUUAAGAUAUUUUCUAUGGUUUUGAAAGCUUUCAUGCUUCAGGGUUUAGUGUAGAAGUUGAUUGUAUUUAUUGAAUUACAUGGCUUGGGCUAGUUCCAAAGGUUCCCUUGGAAUGUCUUCCCAUCCAAGGCCUCUUUCUUGGAUUGUAGUUUUAGUGGGAGCACUUGCAGUUUUCUUAAUUUAUGCUUCCUGGGUUCUUGUAUCAUCUCCAAUUGGUGCCACGGUUCAUGGAUAUUUUUAUGGUAUAGGUAGUUCGCAGAAGUUAGACUUUUCGGUCUCUCCUACUGCUACACAUGAAGGUCAGUUGAAUAAAAGUUUAGAUCUUGUUGAUAAUCAACCAUCCUCUGAUCCACAAUCUUCCACAAUUUCCUCUGAUCUCUCUAGUGAUAGCAAGAUAGAACAAACUGACACUAAAUCAAAUUCACAAGUAGAUAUGAGUGAGUCUAAUUCAGAGAAUUUCCCAAUGACCAAGGAUGUGAAUGGCAUAGAAACUUCUGAUGGGGCAGUUUCUAAUUCACAUGAACCCGUGACUUCAUUUGGCAACAGUGCAGAUGUGGUCAAUAGUAGCUUUCCUGCCCAAGCAAAUUCACAAAAUGAUUUGACUUCAAGUGCAACUAUGCCAGUGGCAGAUAUCAAUUCUUCCAAUGUGACUAGUAAUACUAGAACUGAGGAACCCACGUCUGUGGUUUCGAUCAAUCAGUCCAGUGCUGUAAUUACAACAUCAAAUGAGACCUCUAUGUCUUCUGAUGAUUCCACAUCAACAGCAGUUCCUGCAUCACUAGAGAAGCCAAAUAACACAUCCUAUGCUGGUUCAGUUAAUUCAGGUUGUGAUCUGUACCAUGGAAAUUGGAUACAUGAUCCAUUGGGACCAUUAUACACAAACAAUUCAUGCCCUGUAAUUACACAGAUGCAGAAUUGCCAGGGUAAUGGGAGGCCUGACCAGGAUUAUGAGAAUUGGCGAUGGAAGCCCUUUCAGUGUGACAUACCACGAUUUGAUCCCAAGAAAUUUUUACAGCUGAUGAGAGGGAAGACCUUGGCUUUCAUUGGAGAUUCAGUAGCUCGAAACCAGAUGGAAUCAAUGCUGUGUAUUCUCUGGCAGGUAGAGGUACCGAAGAAUCGGGGAAAUCGUAAUAUGCAACGAUAUUAUUUUAGGUCCACAUCUGUAAUGAUUGUCCGGAUAUGGUCCUCGUGGCUUGUCAAACAAAUAUCUGAACCAUUUGAUUUUGCUCCAGCUGGUGUGGAUAAGCUCCAUUUAGAUGCCCCUGAUGAGAAGUUGAUGGAAUAUAUACCAAAAUUUGAUGUGGUUGUUCUUUCUUCUGGUCAUUGGUUUGCCAAGAAGUCUGUGUAUAUUUUGAACAAUGAGAUAGUGGGAGGACAGUUGUGGUGGCCAGACAAGUCCAAGCCUAAGAAGGUUAACAAUGUUCAUGCAUAUGGUAUAUCUGUUGAAACAAUUCUCACUGCUCUUGUCACACAUCCAAAUUACACAGGGCUUACAAUUAUGCGUUCCUAUUCCCCUGACCAUUAUGAGGGUGGGGCCUGGAACACAGGUGGAUCAUGUACUGGGAAGGUUAAGCCUCUUACACUUGGUGAACUGGUGGAAAAUGGGCACACAAAUACAAUGCAUGAGCAACAGGUUACAGGUUUUAACCGUGCAAUGAAAAAGGCAACAAGUAGAUCAAAGUUGAGGUUAAUGGAUAUCACUGAAGUCUUUCAAUACCGGCAUGAUGGUCAUCCUGGCCCUUACCGGAGUCCUGACCCUAAUAAGAUCACAAAACGUGGUCCAGAUGGAAGGCCUCCACCACAGGAUUGCUUGCACUGGUGCAUGCCAGGUCCUGUAGAUACCUGGAAUGAACUUGUGUUUGAAAUCAUUAAGAGAGAAUUUGAAGGCCAAAGUGCAUCAUGAGAUUUGAUUUGAUUUAAUUUAUUUUUUUGACACUCAAGCUGCAUAGAAUAAUAUAUUAUAGCCUUAUGGUAUCUUU